UUUUAAUACUUUAAUGAUGGACUCGCAAUUUGAGAGUUAUCCGAUUUAGGAAAACAAUUAAGAAUUACAAGAGGUAGAUUACCUUAAAUAUGUUAGAUGUUUUUAAAAUAACUUCAAUAAUAAGCAUUUACUAAUUACAUUUCCAGUACUCAACAUAAAGAAAGAAUGCUAUUAACCGAAAAUAGUAAAUUGAAGGAAGACAAUUAUAAAUUAUAGGAAAAGGUCAAUAUGCUUGAAAUUAAGCAAGAAGAACUUGUCAAUGAGGUAUAUAAUAUACAUAACAUAUUUAGAUUUAAGAUCUUAGACAACUUGUAAAAAGAGUGUAUAAUGAAGGAGAAAUCCAUGCUGAAAAAUUAAGAAUGAAGAAUGUAUUGAUUAUUAUUGAUUUAAUAGAUGGAAUUAGUACAAUAAAAUGAAACCUUAUCAAAAGGAUUAGAGAAUUUAUAAAAAAAUAUGGAAAGUUUUUCAAGCAUUAAAUAGAUGAGUGAAUUUUAUGAGAACGUGGAAGAACUAGAUGAAAUAUAUUAAGAAGAUAACUGA